AUGAAUAUUAUUUCGGGAUUGUCAGCAGCUGCUUCUGCCUGCAAGCCCCUAGUAAGUUUCCAACCGGCACUCACCAUGGAGCUGUCCUUGUUCCACCAACGUAAGGAUAAGGUUGUUGUCAUCAUGGGCGCAACGGGUAGCGGGAAAUCGAAGCUGGCCAUAGACCUAGCCACCCAUUUCCCACCAGCUGAGAUUGUCAACUGUGACAAAAUGCAAGUUUAUAAAGGCCUUGACAUCACCACAAACAAGGUCACAGAUGAAGAGUGUCGUGGGGUCCCACACCAUCUGUUAGGCAUGGUUGAUCCUAACUCUGAUUUCACUGCCAAUGACUUUUGUCACCAAGCCUCUCUGUCCAUAGGUUCCAUCGUGGGGAGGGAUGCACUUCCCAUCAUUGCUGGUGGGUCCAACUCUUUCAUCGAUGCAUUGGUCAACCAUCAACCUGAGUUUCGGUUAAGGUACGAGUGUUGUUUUCUCUGGGUCGAUGUCUCACUCCCUGUCCUCCAUUCCUCUCUCUCAGCACGUGUGGAUCGCAUGAUUGAGGCUGGUCAGAUUGAUGAGGUUCGUCAAUUUUUUGACCCAUCCCAUGAUUACACAAAAGGGAUAAGAAGAGCCGUUGGUGUCCCUGAAUUUGAUGAGUUUCUCAGAACUGAAGAUGAAGCUGAUGAAGGAACAAAGAAGAGGCUCCUUGACGCUGCCAUUGCCAGGAUCAAAAUCAAUAACUGCAGCCUCGCCAAUCGCCAGCUUCAGAAGAUUCAUCGCCUUUACAAUAUCUGGAAACGGAAUAUGCACCGCCUCGACGCCACCGAGUCCUUCCUCAAGGGUACACGUGAGGAAGCAGAGGAGGCUUGGGAGGAUCACGUAUUCUCAAAGAGUCGCAGGAUCCUCCACAAGUUCCUCUACGAGGAAACCCAUGUCCCCGUCGGUAUUGUGUCCCCCAAAGCCGCUGCAAUUGUUUCUGCGCCGCCGCCGUCACCGCCGUCGGCCAUGGCCGCGAUAACCCAUUAG